UAGAUGUGAAAAAUGAGGGACAGGCCAGGGCCUCGGCAUCAGGGAAACGAUGAGAGAUGGAGAAGCAUUUCCAAAGUCACGCUCACCGAAAGGUCACUUCAACCGGGUGGGGGGAGGGGGCAUGGGGAGCCAGCAGCUGAGAAGUAUUUGUGGCACCGGGGAGGAGAGGUUGCAGUGUCCACUAAAGGAAACCAUGGCUAUGAAUUGCAGGGCAUCCAGACCCUGUCAACACAGCUAAUCCCCACGGAUGUUGGCUGAAUAAGCCUUAGAUGACCAAAGCAGUGCACUGUGCAAACCGUGUCAGCCUCCAGCAGUCCAAUUUGUCCUCAUAUUGCACACUCUGCUGGCUCUGUUGCCAGACCCCUGGACCAGGGAUUCGAGCCGAGCGCCCCCCAGCCUGAGGAGGGUUGACACAGCAUGGUUAAUAAGUCAACAGAAUUCAGGAGCCACGACCGGAUUAAGAAGGCUGUUUUAUUUUGGUGCCCCGGACUUCAAGCAGAUUAAAUAAUCAAAAAGCCUGAGCCAUCGGGGUCAUGUUUGAAUGCUACAGCUGUUCCCCGAGCUUUGACAAACACCCUUUAUGUGGUUCGUCGUCUCAAUGGGAAAGGCAGGGAUGAUUUUGGGGAGGCCAAGACUUGAAGAAAGAAGACGGGGCACUAUUUAAAGAUCCUCUUAUGGAAAACCAGCCCGGCCAGAUGGAGACAAGGGAAGGGCUGCUUAAAUAAGCAGUCUCCUGAAAGAGACAACUGUUCGGUGCAUUGAAGAAAAGCGCGAGGAUUCAGAAAACGCGAAUGAAAGACGGACUCUGACUUUGCCAUGUCCUGUGUUUGCUGAUCGGCAGAUUAAUCAGGGCGGGCUCCGUGAUCAGUGGGGACAUCUGUGGAGACUCAGCCAUGAAAGGUGAGCUGUUCCUGCUUUUGAGCCUGGUUUGCCUGCUCCCAGGGGCAUGUGGCUGCCCGGAGAAGUGCCACUGUCACUCAUCACGUUUUGUAGACUGCAGCCGACAGCGUCUGGCAGAAGUCCCUUCUGAUUUGCCUCCUCAGACUCUAACGCUGCACUUACAAGAUAACCAGAUACACCAACUUCCUGCUUUUGCAUUUAGGUCAGUGCCCCAGCUCAUGACCUUAAACUUGGCCAACAAUUCUCUUUCAAAUCUGGCCCCUGGAGCUUUCCAUGGACUUCAGCACUUGGAGGUUUUAAACCUAACCCAUAACUCCCUGCUUUCCCUGGACAGCACACUUAGCCAUUCCCUUCCACAGCUGAGGGAGCUCGAUUUGUCGUCAAACUACAUAAGCCACCUUCCCACAUCCUUGGCUGAAACUUGGGAGAACUUAACCACAUUUGCAGUUCGACAAAACCGGCUUCAGCAUCUUGAUCGAGCACUCCUGGAGUCCAUGCCCCGUGUGAAGCUUUUGUAUCUCAAGGACAACCUCUGGAAAUGCAAUUGCAGCCUGCUUGGGCUUAAGCUAUGGCUGGAGAAAUUUAUCUAUAAAGGAGGAAUAACAGAUGGCAUCGUUUGUGGGUCACCCGACCCCUGGAAAGGAGAGAAACUCCUUACGAUCCCUCAUGAGCUGUACCGGCCAUGCCCGCCGCCUUCUCCUGACCCUGUGUCCUCACAGGCCCAGCAGCCCGGCUCUGCCCACGGGGUGGCCCUGACGCCCACCGAGAUCCACAGCUCUGAGUGUGAGCUCAAACCCAAGCCAAGGCCGGCCAACCUGCGUCACGCCAUCGCCACCAUCGUGAUCACGGGGGUUGUGUGUGGCAUCGUGUGUCUCAUGAUGCUGGCGGCUGCUGUCUACGGCUGCACCUACGCGGCUAUUACUGCUCAGUAUCACGGGAAGUCCGCGGCUCAAUCCAAUGAGCCUGGGAAGACGGCAGGGAAAGAGCUGCUUGACAGCUCACCUGCUUGACAGCAUCCAUCCCACAUAGCACUGAUGGUGACCACAUAGGCCAGGAGAAAGUGUCUGAACAGGGCUCCUGGGUUCAUUGUCACUGCCUCAUUUUGCUUUUUCCAAAAAAAAAAAUGUGUCCAUAAAAAUAUAUUUCUGGGAAGAAAUUGAUGGUGUGGUUUGUUAAACACCAGAGACAGAAUAGAGAUGACAUUUGCACUCUGUGCCUGAGGAGUUAUCACAAUGAUUCUAUGUGGGGGAAGGCCAUGUACAGGGAAAGGAAAAAUCUCUCUCUCAGGUACUCUUCCCUGGAUUAAGUUGCUUUUACAGAACAAGAAAAAAAUUCAAAUGCACAUGCUGGUUGGCAUUCCUGGGAGGUUUACAGUCCAUUGGAAAACUGCCCGAUUUUGAGCGCCUGGGAAGAGACUGGUGAUCCUACCCAAGGGGCACCAAAUGCCUGUAUAAUUCAAGUUCAUGCUAGAUCAGUGAUACUUUCAGAUGCUGUGUAUGUUACAUAUUUAAUGGGAGUGUCUGUCGGUUGGGAAUUUCAGAGUUUGCCACAAGAGUCAGCUUAUAUUUAAUUUUCUAAAUCAGAAAACCAUUUGGGGCUUUCUAGGCUGUAGAGGAAGAGGAUGGUUCCACGUCUGCAUAAUGGGUCUCAGGCCCAGGAUCUGGGGAAGUUUCCUGAUGCAAAGGUGAAUAGCAUAUAAACAAACAUGCAGAGCGCGGGGAAUUAAGGGCAUAUCCUCCCAGAGAGCUUUCAUAGCAGGGACAAAUUCAGGUUGCGAGUGAGCAAAGGCCUUUUGUGUAGCUCUGUCUACACACACACAGCACAGAGUGUAUGGACGUGUGCAACCACACCCACACGUAAACAACAGUGCUUACCCACUAAUGAAAUGCAGCCGUGUUGGGGAGGAAGCCGACAGCUGCUGACCACCACCCAGAUUGCCUACUCAACACUCUGGGGUAGGAAGUAAGAAGGAAGUCAGAAGAGAGAGGGAAUUACCAAGAGACUCAAGAUAUGUGGCAGCAGCCAUCCUGAACAUUAUUUAAGCCACGUUUUAAAAAAAUCAGGUGUGGCUUGCCUUCCUCCACAGACAUGGUCCUGAGGAGUUGCAUGCAAAGUGAAUUUUUGUAAAUUGAAUCAUCAUUUUAAUGCAGUAGGGGAGCUCGCUAUUUAAAGGAAACUUUCAUGGAAUCUUUCUGUAAUGGAAAUAAUUGGCUCCAGAUUUAUACAUUUUGUAAAUUUGCAUUUUCUGUGCUAGGUCUUCUUAAAGUGGAAUCUACCUGUUCUCUCUCAUGAAGCCUCAGCUCAUACUGAUUUCAGUCACUUGUUUGUACCGAAAUAAUUUUACUCAAAAGGAAAGCACAGAGAAGUUAGGGACAGGGUAAAAGCAGAGAAUGGCAAAUACAGGGCCAGCUGCUUCCCUCCCCAGGCCAUGACAGACAUCACUAAUCAAUCCCAGCACUCCUCUUUGCUGAGUCCCCAUGUACCACAGAUGCCUUCUUAAGACAGCACUGUAGGCAACCAGAACUAAUCAAUUGGAAUUGGUUCAAAGGAUAAAAAACAUUUGCCAUUCAGAGAACUGGCUCUACACUCAUUCCUUAAGGCCACAUGAAAAUGGGUCUGGAUACUAACUAAGAGUCCAGUGCCUAACUGGGAUGUGAAUGGAAGGUUCACACAUGCAGUCCAGGCCAUACCCAAGUAUAAGGAGGCCACUGGGAACCAGUGGAGCCUGCCACACCCUCUGGUGCACAACUCACAUCGAUGCCUCUGUAAUCAACACAGAGGCAAUGUACACCUGCCUACAGUACUGCCUAACAAACACAGGCCCCACAUGCCCAAAGGCAAAAGCCGUGCCAUCUUUUUGGAGUAACAAUUGUGCUAGGGGAUUUUUCAAGGGGAAAAAGUUCCAACUUGGAUGGUGAGGCACGUUGCUAAAUGUUAAAAUAAACCUGGAUACAUUAAGAAUAGCUCA